GGCAGUCUUCUGCGCCGCAGCGAUCCAGCUCGACGGUCGCAGUAAGUAGUUGCAGGCUGUCUCGCUAGAUGGAGUGGCGUCCUUGCGCGGGGCAUCUCCAGGACGUGUUCAUCUGCUCAAGUCUGGACAGGCAACACAAGUGCGCGUUGCGCUUGUGUUCGUAAUCAUCACUUCAGUUUCAUUCCUAGUUCAGCUAUCUCUACAAGUCAAUUAGCAGGCGCGGGCAUGUCGGGCAGCAUGAAGGCGGUGCAGUGGGACGCGCGCAGCUCGCAGCUGCAGCUGCAGCAGCUGCCGGUGCCGGCGCCGCCCGACGACCACGUGCUGGUGAAGGUGGCCUACUCGGGCAUCUGCGGCACCGACCUGCACGUCAUCGAGGGUUCUUUUCCGGCCAAGAAGACCGCACCUGUGACCUUGGGCCAUGAGUUCAGUGGCGUGGUGCAAGCCGUGGGAAGCAAAGUCACCAGCAUCAAAGUCGGUGACAGGGUUGCAGUUGAUCCAAACAACGGCUGCAACAAGUGCAAGGUGUGCCACGACGGCAACUACCACUUCUGCGAGACGGGCGGCAUCAACAACACCAUCGGGCUGUGGCGCAACGGGGGCUGGGCAGAGUUCUGCUUGGCUCCUGAGUCGCAGGUCCUCAAGCUGCCUGACACCAUCACGCUGAAGCAAGCAUCCCUGAUGGAACCUCUGUCGUGCCUGUGUCACGGCUUGGACGUGAUUGGGCCCAUGCCGGUGGGGUCCGCUAUACUCAUCCAGGGGGCGGGCAUCAUCGGCAACCUGUGGGCCUGCGCGCUGCACCACCAGGGCCACAGGAAGGUCAUCGUCAGCGAGCCGAGCGAGGCGCGCAGGAAGGCGCUCCACAAGCUAGACACCGGCUACGAGAUCGUCAGUCCGGGCGAGCUGGGGCAGAAGGGGCGCGACCCUGGCUGGGGCGUGGACUUCGUCAUCGACUGCAGCGGCCACGCGCCGGCCAUAGAGGAGGCCGUCAGCCUGCUCAGCUGCGGCGGGACGCUGUGCAUCUUCGGCGUGGCGCCGCCCGACGCCAGGAUCAGUGUUUCCCCCUACCAUCUCUACAAGAAGGAAAUAAAAAUUGUUUCAGUGAAUAUUAGCCCGUAUACAAGUAAUAAAGCUAUUGGACUAAUCGAAGCAAUGGGUGACAGGUACUUGGGUUUCGACAGAAUUGGAGUCAAAAUAUUUCCACUAAGUCAAUACGAAGAUGCUAUUGCAGAGCUACGCAAGGGUGGAAUAGCUAAAGCGAUGUUUGAAGUCAACAAAAUUUCAUGAAUUCAAUGUGAACUUAUAAACAAGCUACAUCUGUAAAUCCAUGUAACACAUAUAAUGGUUGUGUUUUUAUGCAUUUUCCUUCAUAAUAAAAACAAUGAUUAUAAA